GAAUGUGCAGUACAGGGCGGAACUCUCUCAUUUCCUCUUUAUCCACCAGGAAGAAAAGUUUUUGCUGAGACACAAGAGAGAAAGAAAGUAGCAGAGAAAGAGAAAGAGAAAAGAGAGAGAAAGAGAAAGAGAGGAAAUCAAACUCUAUCUAACACAAUGUCUGCUCCAAGCGUACCCAGCAGGCCGAUCUCCGCAAUAUGCUGGGCUUCCAACACCUCCACAUGUCCCGCCUCCUUUACAAUGAUUUCUUCGACUGAAGAUGGAGCGGCUGCCAACUUCACUAGAGGCUUCGGUCUGAAAGCUGGAUACUUUCUUUGCUACAGCAAGGACCUGUCAGGUGGGACAGUGGUGUCUGAUGUUCAGGUGAUUUCUGAGAAGGAUGCGAUUCCUCCUGGUUUCUGCUUCAUCCCUGAGUUUAUAGAGUCCAAAUCCUCUGUGUGGAAGAAGAAGAGAGUGUGUGUGCGUAUCGUACCUUUACACAGUGUAACAUCUGCCAUCCUGGACAUCCGACUCACAGCCAAGAGCAAGAUGAUGCUUCCACAGUACACCUGCCUGGGGGACAUUCUAGGCUACGUGCUGUGGUGUCUGAAAGGCCCGUUUACAUCUCCUGUUCCUCAGGCGAAGCCUCGUAGUCUGAGCAUCGACAUGCGGCAGCUCUCUCUGGAGGCAGCCACGCCUCUUCCUCUCAGACCCAACAACCAGUCAUCUCAAUCCCAGCCUAAGAUCAGUCGUCGCCGCAGCAACCUGGACCAUAUGAACCACACGCCUGAGGUGGUGAACGAUGGCAGCAGCAGCCAUGGAAUUACAGCGAUGGAUGGAGUUCCUUUUGCUCUUCAUCCCAGAUUUGAAAGUCGAGCUAUAGAGAAGGUGUCUGUUACUGAUCUGGAGAAUAUUCGUAUUAAGUCACUUCAGGACAUAGAGAACGAGUAUAACUACACAUUCACCAUAGAAGAAAAGGCAGCGACGAGACUCCGCCCCUAGAUGGCAUAGUUGGUGUAAACUCCGCCCAUCGAUUAUACUUGACUCUAUUUUUUUCUUCAUUACAACCAAACAAACUUUCAACCAAAACUCCCAGUGUUGCUAAUGACCAGCAAAGUCUGUUAGCAUGUGUUUGGUGUUUAUACUAAUUAGAUCCCAUAUAUGCUAAUUGGUUUUAAUGAACUCAUUAAUUGAUUUAAAUGGAAACUCUAAUUAACAAGCUUUUAUUGUGUAAAAUUACGUAUAUUUUGGAAUUUCCAAAGAGGAAAACUACUAGAUGCUGUUGAAGCUAACACUAAGGUUGUAGGGUAUUUAUGGGUUUUUCAGGGAGUUCUCAGGAUCUGUCCUUUCAGCCAUCUUUCUUUUAUAAGGGUCCAGUAUUGUUGCCAGAUUGGAAAUUUUUCAUCUUAUCAGUUUUAUUGUAAACAUCUGGAAAUGGGUUUCAUUGGGAGAAACAGACGGGCUUCUUUGUAUGAUAAACUUUUAGUACUGGCCGUCAUUAUGGAAAUAUUUAAUCUAAUUUAAAGGCAUUUUAUGAGAGCAAAGCAACUCACCAGCUGCCAGCCAAUCAGAAGCGAGUGUCAUCAGUGUGGCUCACAUGGAGGCUCGAUCAUGAAUAUUCAUACACAGUGAGAAAGCUGAGACGUAAACACUAAUAAAUAAGAUUAGAUCAUCCAUGUCUUUUUCCCACGGAAGAGCAGGGUCGUCCAGGACGUUUUGAAAAGGCUGAAUGUUUUCACACAUCUUAUUAUCUAUUUAAAGCUCUGAUCAGCUGAUUGCCCAUUUAAAAUGGGGUGUGGCUUCUGUUUAUUGUAAACCAGCACCUUUAAGGGGUAAGAUUGCUCGCUCCUGAUAUAUCUCGUAAAUUAAUACUCUGUUAAUGAAAAUCACUAAGUUGGCCAAUCAGAAUCCAGAAUUCCACAUCCCUGUGUGUGUAUUAAAGCAGGGUGAGAUGUUGCUACAUAAUGCACAGUGACACACUUUAAUGUCACUGUGUCACUGUUACUUUCUGUUAGUCUUUAGCCUGUUACUGUCUUUAGCCUGAUGAUGUGAUAAAAAGGCUUUAAUAUUUAUAUAUAUCCAAAAUAUUUGCACUGCUGAGUGAAAGUUACCCUACAGUAACCCCUCCAUAACCCCUUAGUUACCCCUCCAAAACCCCUCAGUAACCUCUUCAUAACCCCUCAGUAAUCCCUGAGUAACCCCUCAGUUACCCCUCAGUAAUUCCUGAAUAACCCCUCAGUGAUACCUGAGUAACCCAUCAGUUACCCCUGGGUAACCCCUUCAUAACCCCUGUUACCUCUCCGUAACCCCUCAUUAACCCCUCAGUAAUGACUAAGUAACCCCUCAGUUACCCUCAUUAACCCCUCAGUAAUGCCUGAGUAACCCCUCUCUAACCCCUUAGUUACCCCUCAGUAAUGCCUAAGUAACCCCUCUCUAACCCCUCAGUUACCCCUCAGUUACCCCUCAGUAAUGCCUGAGUAACCCCUCAGUAACCCCUCUCUAACCCCUCAGUUACCCCUCAGUAAUGCCUGAGUAACCCCUCAGUAACCCCUCUAUAACCCCUCAGUUACCCCUCAGUAAUGCCUGAGUAACCCCUCUCUAACCCCUCAGUAACCCCUCAGUAACCCCUCAGUAAUGCCUGAGUAACCCCUCAGUAAUGCCUGAGUAACCCCUCAGUAACCCCUCAGUAAUGCCUGAGUAACCCCUCAGUAACCCCUCAGUAAUGCCUGAGUAACCCCUCAGUAAUGCCUGCGUAACCCCUCAGUUACCCCUCAGUAAUGCCUGAGUAACCCCUCAGUAACCCCUCUCUAACCCCUCAGUUACCCCUCAGUAACCCCUCAGUAAUGCCUGAGUAACCCCUCAGUAACCCCUCAGUAAUGCCUGAGUAACCCCUCAGUAAUGCCUGAGUAACCCCUCAGUAACCCCUCAGUAAUGCCUGAGUAACCCCUCAGUAACCCCUCAGUAAUGCCUGAGUAACCCCUCAGUAACCCCUCUCUAACCCCUCAGUAACCCCUCAGUAACCCCUCAGUAACCCCUCAGUAACCCCUCAGUAAUGCCUGAGUAACCCCUCCUUAACCCCUCUGCUGCAUGGAGAUUAGUUACAGGUUAACUCUGAAACGAUGAUGAAGGUGAGGACGAUGAAGAUUACAGGUCCAGUAGAUACAGUAGAAGUAAACACAGUGUGUAUGAGUGCAGGACUAUGAUCAUUUUAAUGACAUUAUUUUUUAAUAAAGAAUAAAAUCUUAAUUCUGUUUAAUAUGCAAUGAUUUAAAUAUAUGUGUUUUCUUUUAUUUAGAAUCCAUUCAUUUACUGAUAGCUGAAGGAACACUGCAGAACAUAAACACUGCAUUCUUGCCCUUUUUCACUUUUUAUUUUAGGACCAAAUUUCAUGCUGUGUUUUUAUGUCCAUAAUAAAUGACUGUUUGGAAGAAA